UAAAUCCAUUUCGGCACGUCUACUUUGAGGAGGUUGAACAGAUCAUAGUUUAGUUAGGUGAAUUGUGGUUGGCUUUCUCAAAUAUUACAAGCCAAAUAAGGCCUCUCAUGACUCAAAUUGAUCCAAGCCUUCCUAUGCAUAUUAAUCUAGCUAUUUCCAAAUAUUUUUCCCACCUAACCCUCUAUAAAAUCUAAUGUGGGAUCCAUUAAUCUAGCUUCAACAUUUUCAAGAAAAUUUUGGCUCAAGUCCCAUAUUCUGUUUGCAUGGAAGGCGAAAACUUCCCCUACUUCUUCGGCUCGUCGCCGUUCCCGUUGAGUGGUUCGUCCACGAAUGUUCUAGAACAAUCCAUGCAAAACCCUAGUUUUCCAUCAUCUGAUCAUAUGGAUCUGGCUAGCCUUUUGUCUGCCGGCUCGAUCGAGCAGAAUCCUGGCUCGACGGCGUCGAGGGAAGUAGAUCAAAACGGCAGCAGAAGUAAGUCUAGGUUUGGGAAAAAGAAGAAAUAUGUUCCGCAGAGAGUGGCGUUUCAUACGAGGAGUGAAGAAGACAUUCUUGAUGAUGGCUACAAAUGGAGAAAAUAUGGGCAAAAAUCAGUCAAGAAUAGUGUUCAUCCAAGGAGCUACUACCGAUGCACACAUCACACCUGCAACGUGAAGAAACAGAUCCAGAGGCUCUCCAAGGACAACAGCGUGGUCGUGACGACGUACGAAGGAAUUCACAACCAUCCCUGCGAAAAGCUUAUGGAAACGUUGAGCCCUCUGCUGAAGCAGCUUCAGUUUCUCUCAAGAUUCUGAAUAAUUAACAUGUGCCCAAAAUCUGUACAGAACUGUAUAGAAACACAUCAUAUAUCAAAGCAAAAGGCAAUGACGAGAUGUAACAUAUUUACUCUACCUGACUUUAUGUAUCAAUCCUACUUACCUAGCUUCAACUUCAGCAUGUAGAUUUAGCAAUCACUUAAUUUAGUCAUCCUCAUCCACGCUUCGUAGAUAUAUAAUCACUUGUAAUGAUUCGCAACGAAAUUUAAGAAAGAGAAACACAAGUGAGCACUUCUGCAGUUAAUCCAUAACAAA